UGUUCGUAGGAGUUUACUGGGAUUGUUUUGUGUGAUUUUUUUGGAACACGAUGACGUCUUGUUGGAGUGAAGAGACAACAUUAAAAUUCGUACACAAGUAUCGUGAUAGACCAUGUUUAUGGGACACAAGGUCUGCGAAUUAUAAAAAUAAAGAAGCCCGUGAUGCAGCAUACAAAGAGAUUGAGGAAACUAUGGGAAUCGAAGAGUUUGGAGCAGGAGAAAUCAAAAAUAAAAUAAGGGCCUUAAGAUCAAAUUAUUCACAAGAGAAAAGUAAGAUAAAAGAUUCUAUGAAGUCAGGGGCAGGAUUUGCAGAUAUUUAUGUCCCCAGUAUAAAGUGGUUCAAGGAAAUUGAUGCGUUUCUACGUGUUUUGGAAGAAAAUAAGAGAUCUACCCAAGAUAAUUUUGGUAACAAAUCAGAAUGUAAGCAAGAAGUUGGUGAACACAGAAAUAAAGUACAGGAAACAUUGACCUUCAACGAAACGACUAACCCUGCAAAAAAACCUAGGUCAUUAUCAAAAUUGAAGCAGGUGUCUUUAGUUGUUAAGGACCUUAAAAAAAUUAGCGAAACAGUAACACAGGAGCCUGCCACAAAUGUAAAUCAAUAUGUAAUUUUUGGUCAGAGUGUGGCUGCACAGCUGAUGGCGCUACAACCGAUUUCAGCAAUACAAGCACAAGAACAAAUCCAGUCUAUUCUUACCAAGUUUAAACUUCAUGACUUGCGGGCUAAUAAUAAUUAUUCUUCUUCAUCAGAAACCACCCACACUACUGUUCCAUCUUACACCUCUCCACCUCUACAAUCUCCGAAUGAAUAUGACAACACCAUACGAGUGAUGGCUCAAUCCAUUAUGAAUAUAAUGCCGCCGAAAAUUAUUCUCAAGCAGAUAUCAUAAGCCAAGCGUUCACCAACAUAUAAGUUAAGUUGCUCAUAUAUUGUAUUGUAAGUUGCUCAUAUGCUCGUAUGUAC